UUAAAUUUAGUGCUGCUCUGUUAAACGACAGCGGCGGCGGCGGCGUUUGGUUGUGUGUUAUUUAAAUAAUCCGCAUGAAUUGCUGUCAAUAAAAAUUGCUACGCCAUAUCAAAACUAAGUUUGCGUAUAGAGUUCAGUCCAUUUUGAAAGUGCAAUAUGUCGCUAUUAAUUAAAGCCGCUGCCUCAACGCGCCAGCUCAUUCAUAAGGCACCAACGCUGCAACAGCAGGUGCGACAUCUGAAUUUAUUGGAGUUCCAGUCCAAGGACUUGCUGCAAAAGUAUGGCGUAGCCAUACAACAGUUUAAGGUAUUGGAUAACUCCAGUGCUGAUACGCAAGUGGUUAAAUCAUUUGAUUGUCCCGAGUACGUGGUCAAGGCACAAAUAUUAGCUGGCGGGCGCGGCAAGGGCACUUUCGAUAAUGGUUUCAAGGGAGGUGUCCACAUAACCUCAAACAAGAACGAUGUACUCUCGCUUAGCAAACAGAUGAUAGGCAAUCGCCUGAUUACCAAACAGACGCCCAAAUCGGGUAUUCUCGUCAACAAGGUGAUGGUGGCACGCAGCGUGAAUAUAACACGAGAGACUUAUAUCUGCAUUUUACUCGAUCGUGAACAUAAUGGUCCCGUGCUGAUUGCUUCGCCAGCUGGCGGCAUGGACAUUGAGGCUGUGGCAGCGGAAACUCCUGAGAAACUUUUGACUGUUCCAUUGGAUAUUGCCAAACCAAUACCGGAAGCCAAGCUGAUCGAAGUGGCGAAGUUCCUGGAGUUCAAAGGCGACGGAAUUAAGCGAUGUGCUGAUGAGAUUCAAAAGUUGUAUACUCUAUUUAAGUCAGUGGAUGCUGUGCAAAUUGAAAUUAAUCCAUUGGCCGAGACAGAUACUGGCGAGGUCAUCUCUGUGGAUGCUAAACUGAAUUUUGAUGAUAAUGCACAGUUUCGCCAGAAGGAGAUCUUUGCUAUGGACGUUACCGAAGAGGAGGCCGAUCCUCGUGAGGUAGAGGCAUCCAAAUACAAUCUCAACUAUGUGGCUAUGGAUGGCAACAUUGGCUGCUUAGUAAAUGGCGCUGGUCUCGCCAUGGCCACCAUGGACAUCAUUAAGUUGAAUGGCGGUGAGCCAGCCAACUUCUUAGAUGUUGGUGGAGGUGUCAAGGAGGAACAGGUGACCAAAGCUUUUGAGAUACUCACUUCGGAUCCGAAAGUAAAGGGAAUUCUGGUGAAUGUAUUCGGUGGCAUUGUCAACUGCGCCACCAUUGCCAAUGGCAUUGUCGCUGCCUCCAAAAAAUUGAAGCUGAAUGUGCCGCUGGUGGUGCGCUUGGAGGGCACCAAUGUAACUAAGGCCCGCGAGAUUCUGAAGAAUUCUGGUCUGCCCAUACAGACGGCCAGAGAUUUGGAUGACGCUGCUCACAAGGCAGUUGCAUCCCUGUAAACAGAACAAGAUUCCUAAUUGUUAAAGACACGCACACGGUUUAGCAUUUAAACGUACAGUACAUAGAUAAAAUUUGCAUGGAUGGGCCUUUUAUAAAUUAUAAGACUUUUAACCCAAUAUCUACAUCAAAAUAUUAUGACAAUAACAAACAACUUAUUUAAACUAGUCAUCAAAGAUAAGAUUAAUUUAAUCUGUAGCACACUUUUGAAAGUCUGCCGCCAAAGCAGAUUCAUUGCAAGCCUCUGUUAGAUAACAGGUUGAAUGGCAACCCUGCACUAUCGAUAUCCAAGCUUAGCCGCGAAACUGUUAUUAGGAACUAGUUUGCUGUUAAGUUCAAGCUUGAGACUAAUUUGCUUAUUUAGUAUAUUAAAAUUUUUGUCUCUAAUUAAAAUAUAUUCAUUUUUAAAUUAUAUUCAACUGAUAAACCUUAACAUCCAAUAUUAUGAGUAAAAAAUAAAACAUAUAAGUCAAACCCAACAAAAU